AACGACCUGUAGACCGGAUCAUUGUGGACGACCACUUUGUUUUGACUAACAGCCUUCACUACGAACAUUCAAGGAUGAUGCUCUCAUUUCGCAACCUCAUACCUAAUGGAAACGGUCAAUUCGAAGCAUCAUGACACCAAGCGCAUUUCGCGACUCGCGCGCGCACUGGUCUCCGCUAGCCAAAUCACCCUCCGUUUCUCGUGGCCUAACAAAGUCCAACACGCGCUUUGCAUCAUCAUCCUAAUUUUCGUGCCAAAUGUGAGAUUGACAGGUUGCCGGUGAUCCGACUUCGCUGCGGGGCGUCCACCACCAUCGUCACUUGUCGUAGCACACGUAU